UGAGCGAGGAGGUGCAGCGCGUGACCCAAGGCUCGAGCGUGACCCUGGAGUGCAAGGCCGACGGUAACCCGACCGCCGCCAUCAGCUGGAGCCGACAGCAGGGACACCUCCCGUCGCGCGCAGUCGGAGGAGGGUCUGAGCAUCACCCUGGAGAACGUGGACCGCCAUGUGGAGGGCACCUACAUCUGCACGGCCUCGAACGGAGUGGGAGCUCCCGCCUCCACAAGCAUGACCGUCGAAGUGGAGUAUCCACCUGAGAUCAUCACGGAACAGGCCAUCCUGCACACGGGCGAGGGCGACGAGGCCAAGCUGAUGUGCAUCGUGCACGGACGGCCCACGCCCCAGGUCUCGUGGUCCAAGGACGGCCAGCCCGUGGUCCCCGACGCCCACGUGGUGGAGCACGACAGCGUCCACCGCCACACACUCACCAUCAAGCAGGUCACGGAGGCGGACUUCGGCGUCUACACGUGCGCCGCCCACAACGCCCACGGGGAGAGGCAGAGCGCGCUCAGGGUCACAGGCCAGGCCAAGAAGCCCACCUUCACCAGCAGCCCGGCCGGAGGAGAGAAGGAGUCCUACACUCUCACCUGGGAGACGGAGAGCUACUCGCCGAUCAUCCGCUACCAACUCAAGUACAGAAAGCAGAAGGCCAACGUGACCAGCAAGGACCCCAGUGGAUGGGACGUUCAGAACUACACCCCCGAGAUCGCGCAGGACAUCAUCACCGGCCCCCUGCACCGCAUGAGCCACCCGAUCGCCAGUCUGGAGCCCGCCACGGACUACGAGGCCAAGGUCGCCGUCGAGAACAAGUUCGGCUGGUCGGAGGAGUCCGAGCUGUUCGGCUUCUACACGCGCAAGGAAGACCCCACUACUACUACCACUACCACUACCACUACCUCUACCACAACGACCGCGGCCCCGGAGCAAGCGAGCAGCAACCAAGUCCAGGAAGGUUUGUUCAAGAACUAA